GCCUGGUGAGCUGCAGUCCAUGGGGUCGCAAAGAGUCUGACACGACUGAGCUGAGCGACUGAACUGAACUGAGGCCCUCCUCAAGGGAUAUACAUAACAAUCCAAUCUUUGAGUUGUUCUAGGGUAACAAAGGCCCCCCACACAGGUGGGGAAUGGCAACUUCUGGCUAAAACCUGCAGAUGGGUGGGAACCUAAGGAAUGAUGAUGUUAACCUUCUUCUGUCAUUUGUGAUUUCAAUCAACGAAAGCUUAGACUUUUGCCCCUAUUCUGUGCUGGAUUCUCUUCUGCUCAAGCCCCGUCAUGAAUAAGCAAACCCCAGCCAAACCUCUUCAUGAAUAUGCACAUACCGUUAGCUUCAAACUUCCCUAAUUUUGCUGUUCGGAAAACACUGCUUUGGGAAACAUCGCCGGUAUUCUCCUUACUUACAAAUCUUCCUUCUCUCACUCUUUGGCUUGGUUGUGUCUUUUGACUCACUGAGAUGAAUCCAGUUUUUCAGGUGAUAAUCCCAGCCAGCAGGUGGAGGCAUUUGCGGAGCAUUCCUUGGACAUUUUCAGGGGAACUUUUCAGAGCCUCUCUUGAGAAGCUGUGUUAUCUGCUCCACGCCUCCUACCUAAUUCAAAAUCUCAGUGAUUUAGCUGUAAGCUGGAGAGAAAAGAUUCAGACUCAGCUCCCCAGCCCUAGGAGUGUCCAAGAACUCCCAUUGUAGUGGAGGAGUCAGAGUAAACAAUUGUUAAUCAAAUCAGAAACAAAGGUUUCUCAUUUACUUGAGGAGCAAAGCAGGAUGGAAGUGGCUAAAAAGCUUUAAGGAUCAGGAGAGAUGCUGAAGUUGAAGAGUGACUUGGAGGUUACCAGGAUAAGGGGUGCCAUGGGAACAGGAUAUGCGCACAAGGAGACUAAUUGAGCACCUAGAGAAAAUCAAACACUUUCACUCAGGCUUACACAAUACAUAAUUAUCAUUCCCAUUUUACAGAGAAAGCUCUGAGAUGUUAAGAAUCUUGCCUAAGGCCAUCCAGCUGGUAAGCAGGAAGACCCAAACUGGACCUCAAAAGAUUCUCUGGGUCAGUUGUGCCCCCUAACUCCUUCUCCCACCCCAGAAGACAUCCCUUAUUCUCCUGCCAUCUUUCUCCAAGCCUUCCCCUUCUUUUCUCAGAAGUCCUUGCAUAAUUAACCAUUACCAGGCUCAUGAAAAAGUACAGGAGUCCAGAGUCUCAGGACCUCUUCCAUCUCUUGCUGGCCUUGUAUAACCUAGGCCCAGGGAUCAAAAUCCCACCCUACUCAGCCUGCCUGCCCUUCUCUGGGUUACUGUGAGGAUCAAAAGAGCAUAAGGAUGUGACUAUGUUCCCUGCGAUCCUUCAGGACCCCUUCCUCUUCACCCGCAGUGCAGGGGCGAGCUCUCCUGACGUCGAUCCGAGGAGUGGAUCUACAGUUUGGCAACCUCACCCGGCGACGACCCGGGAUAGAAGAAGAAAGGGAGCCCUCGGUUCGCAAAAGGAGCAGCCCCAAACAGGCCGAUGAACUGCUGUCUCCGCACUCGGCCUCUGCGCCCGUCCAGGGACCCAGGGUCCAACCUCUCCUCCUCCCUACCAGUGAUUAAAAAAACUCCGCUCCCGGGGGACCCCUCCCAGCACUCCGAGGUACAGCCCAGCACAGCCCAGGUACCGGUGCCGGGGUGUGGAGAGUUAACUCCAACCGCUUCUAGGCAGAUUCCGGGGGCCGGGUCGCCUGGAGCACCUCCCAUUGGCCGUCGAGCCGGCUCGGCGUUGAUUGGCUGCGGCUCUCGACUACGCCUCUCCAAGGCUCCUCAUUGGGCGCUGCUCUCCAGUGAUCGGAGUGUGGUGGCCAGGCCUCCGUAGGCUACCCGGGGUGAAGCUGCUGCGGGCUCCGGCAGAUGCCUGGGGGCGCUCAUCCUCGGCUGAGUCUUGACUUCCUUCCCGAUUCAGACCUCGCUGCUGUCCCGGGGACGCCACCGGAUCUUCUCCUGGUCCUCUUCCUCCUUCACCUGCUGAUUUUCUUUCCCCUUUCUCCCCCGGACCCGUCUCCCAACUCCGCUUUCCCCUCACCUACUCCCGACCCCGGUGUCUGGCCAUCCUAAGCAUCCCACCUGCUGUCCUCUUGACUUCUGCCCCUUCUUGACCUCAAAUCCCUUAAUUAACAAGUCUCUGUCAUAGCCUUCUCACCAGACUCUCCUAAACUCGUAUUUCUCUCUUUACCAUCUCCUGACUCCCAAAUUCCAGCUAACCCUUGACCUCUUGACAUCUGACCCUGACACUCUAUAGAUUCCAGAUCUCUAAAUUUCUACCUCCUGCAGCCCGGACCCCUGGAACUGAGGCUCUCCCCUGGAUAUUCUGACCCCAUUUCUAAAGUUAAUUUUAACUUUCUUACCCCUGGACCAGUUCCUGCUACUGCUGUCCCACCAUGGACUUCUUGAUGAGCGGCCUGGCAGCCUGCGGUGCCUGUUUGUUCACCAAUCCCCUGGAGGUGGUGAAGACCAGGAUGCAGCUGCAGGGAGAACUGCGGGCCCCGGGCACCUACCAACGGCACUACCGAAACGUCUUCCAUGCCUUCAUUACCAUCGGCAAGGUGGACGGCCUGGCGGCCCUGCAGAAGGGCCUGGCCCCUGCCCUCUUAUACCAGUUUCUGAUGAACGGCAUCCGGCUGGGCACCUACGGGCUGGUGGAAGCUGGGGGCUACCUGCACACGACUGAAGGCACACUCAGCCCUGUUCGUAGCGCAGCAGCUGGGGCCUUGGCUGGGGUCAUGGGAGCCUACUUGGGGAGCCCCAUUUACAUGGUGAAGACACACCUACAAGCACAGGCAGCCACAGAAAUCGCUGUGGGGCACCAGUAUAAUCAUCAGGGCAUGUUUCAGGCACUAACCAAGAUUGGCCAGAAACAUGGUCUGGUGGGGUUGUGGCGUGGGGCCCUGGGCGGCCUGCCCCGAGUUAUCGUCGGUUCCUCCACCCAGCUGUGCACCUUCUCCUCCACCAAGGACCUCAUGACCCAGUGGGAGAUAUUUCCACCCCAGAGCUGGAAGGUGGCUCUGGCGGCCGCCAUGGUGAGUGGCAUCGCGGUGGUCCUGGCCAUGACACCCUUUGAUGUGGUCAGCACAAGGCUGUACAACCAGCCCACAGAUGCUCAGGGCAAGGGCCUCAUGUACCGGGGGUUACUGGACGCUCUGCUGCAGACGGCUCGGACAGAGGGCAUUUUUGGCAUGUACAAGGGAAUAGGUGCCUCCUACUUCCGCCUUGGCCCCCACACCAUCCUUUCCCUCUUCUUCUGGGACCAGCUGCGCACGGUCUACUACACGUACACCAAAUAACGACAGCCACUCUUCCCCACUCCAGCAAAUCAGCACUCCUUGGACUCUUCUGACUCCAUUUUUAUUACCGGGAGACUUCUGACCAGAUGGCCUUUCAUCCAUCAGAGGAGGACCGCCAACACCACUCCCCAUAUGAUUUCUCAGGAUUGAAUCACUACAAGGGAUAGUUUCCUUCCCUUUCUUGGGUGUUGCUUUAAACCUUCCCUGCCUACACUCCUGCACAUUUCACACCGCUCUCUCAGGGCUGAACCUGUCACUCCAAAGUGUGUUUCCUCCCUUUCUCCACUGCUGGCCUUCGGUCCCUUCUGAUCCCAUGUAUAAUUUUAACUCCACCCAUCCAAGACCAAAGGGAAUUGGGGGGACCCAGGUGUUCUGUUAGAUUUCAAAGGCACAGAGAUUAUAUUGGUUAUAAAGCAA